UUGAUUGUAUUCUUGCAGAUUUACUACAUGAACAAUACUGCGCAACAUGUAACUUUCUAAGGAAACUCACAUUAUUCUCUUCAUGGGCAGCAGAAGAAAUAGACUUUCUUGUUCACUGCUCCCUACAGAGAUUUUACAGGACAGGAACAACUGUUGUCCCAGAAAGUUUAAACUCUUACUUCUUAGUAGUUGUAAAAUCGGGUCGAUGUCUGAUAGUGACACAACUGGAUCAAGAGAGAAUAUAUGUACACUCCAAUGAAAUGCAGAAUUUUUUUUCUCUUUGUAAUAGUUUUAUCACAAUAUCAUCCUUAAAAGAAAAGAAGGAUUUGACUAGAAGACUUUGGGAAAGCAAGUGUCUUUGUCAUGGAUCUCUGUAUUCAGCUGCUCAGAGAACUCCUCUUACCGAGAUGCCCAGAAGACAAAGACCUCAAACAGCUGCGGUAUUAUGUUAUUCGCUCAGGGAUAGAAGAGCCUUUGGUGACCUGGAACAGAAAGGACUAGGUGAAAAAGAUGCUGAGACGAAGAGAGGUGACAGGAAACAAAAGGUGGCUUCAUCAGCUCCUCAGGUCCUGAAGAUAAGGGCUCUGGAACAAGGUGGCAUUUUCGGUUUGGGAGAAACAAUGGACAAGUUUUGUUGCCUUCAGUUCAGCUUGAUCAGUGAAGGAGCGGAGUGCGUUUUUAUUCCCAAAAAUUUUUUUCUAGACAAAGCACCUGUCAAGUCGAGAAAGAUGGCUCUUGAGCUGGUGAAAAGUUACUCCUCAGAGAGCAUGAUUAUGGAAAAUUAUACUAGGCAUCAAGCUUGGAAUACUUACAAGGCCAAGCUUAUUGGACAACAGCUUGAGAGACAAGCUAUGCCAACUUCAGCUCGCUUUUCUUUUUAAAAAAUGUCUAUGGUGGUUCCUUAUAGUCAGAUACUACUACUUUUAGUGAAUGAGAUAAUGAUGAUACUCAAGGAUGUGCUAAUGGGAAAAUAUACACUGUCCAUAACUAUACACACACAGGAUAAUGCAGACAUGUUACAUGCCUUUUAA